AGAAAAAGUGUCCAGUUCUUUGAACAGAAGCUUAAAGUGAGGAAGUGGGAAACUGAAUAUUUUCAUGGUGUGGUGGCAACCUGCCCCAUACCUAAAAGCUACCAGGCAUGGACCUUCUGCUGCUGCUGCUUCUUUACCUGGGUGCAGUGCUAGCACCGUGCUGUGGAUUCAACGUGGACGUGGAGCUGCCAGCUGCCUUCCGGUUGCCAACCCAGAGCUUUGGGAGGAGCGUGGCCCAAAUUGGGGAUGUGAUACUUGUCGGGGCCCCAUUCCAGAUGGGUCAAGUGAAUGAGACGGGCAAACUCUACCAGUGCACCUACCGCACAGGUGCCUGCACAGAGAUUAGCAUCCGAAGACCUGCAGAUGCCGUCAAUAUGUCUCUUGGCUUUUCCUUGGCUGUCCAGAAUUCUCAGGUUCUAGUGUGUGGCCCCACAGUGCCCCGGGCCUGCGGGAGGAACAUGUACCUGAACGGCUAUUGUUUCCUCCUGGAUCAGAAUCUCCAGCAGCGCCAACACUUUCCAGAGACCUUGCCAGAAUGCACUUCCCACCCGACAGACAUUGUGUUCUUGAUUGAUGGCUCAGGCAGCAUUGACCGCGGAGACUUUGAAAGGAUGAAGAUGUUUGUUUCUAACGUCAUCACAAGGUUGUCUGGCAGGAACACGCUGUUUGCCCUCAUGCAGUUUUCAGAUGCUUUCAAGGAACACUUUGAUUUCAGAGAUCAAAACCCAGCAAGACUUGUGAUGGAUGUUGAGAAGAUUGGCGGAUGGACCUACACAGCCACUGCCAUCCACAAAGUUGUGAAGGAGCUAUUCAUCCCACACAAAGGGUCCCGGAGUGGAGCCACCAAGAUUCUUAUUGUGAUUACAGAUGGGGAGAAAAAGAGAGAUCCCUUGCAGUACUGGAAUGUGAUACCAGAGGCUGACCAGGCAGGGAUCAUCCGCUACGCUAUUGGGGUUGGCAGUGCUUUCUCAUCGUCUAACGCCCGCAAUGAACUGGACACCAUAGCCUCCCUGCCUAGCGCUGAGCAUGUCUUUGCAGUACAUGAUUUUGAGGCCCUCAGAGGCAUCCAAGACAACCUACGGGACAAAAUCUUUGCCAUUGAAGGAACACAAUCCCAGAGCAGCAGUUCCUUCCAGAUGGAAAUGUCCCAGGAAGGAUUCAGUGCCCUGCUGACGCCGGAUGGCUCUGUCUUAGGAGCAGUGGGAGCUUACGACUGGUCUGGAGGGGCGUUUUUAUAUAAGGGUAGCAGCAAAAACCCAAGUUUCAUUAAUAUCUCCAGCACCACUACAGAUAUGAACGAUGCUUAUCUAGGCUAUUCUUCUCAGCUUGUCUGGCUAAAAGGAAGAAGUGGCUUGGUGUUGGGAGCCCCCCGUUACAACCACAUUGGCAAAGUGGUUGUCUUUGAGGAAAACACCUGGAGUGGAGAAUGGCAGCUGAAAACGGAGGCUGCUGGAGAACAGGUUGGCUCGUAUUUUGGAGCAACGCUGUGCUCUGUGGACCUCGAUAGAGACUCCAACACAGACUUGGUUUUGAUUGCAGCCCCCAUGUACUAUGAUGGUGUUACAGGAGGAAAGGUUUAUGCCUGUCAUUUUAAGGAGGAAGGUCUUCAGUGCAGCACAACUUUGAGAGGACAGGAAGGACAUGUCUUUGGUCGUUUUGGGGCCAGCAUGGCAGCAAUAGGUGACAUCACUGGGGACAGAUGGACAGAUGUGGUGGUUGGGGCUCCUAUGGAGGACAAGAACAUGGGAGCCCUGUACGUAUUUGCAGGGAAAAGGACCUCUCUUAGCCCCCAGUACAGCCAGCGUAUUGAAGGAUUGCGAUUCUCUGGCGGGUUCUUCUACUUUGGCGAAUCGGUCAGUGGAGGGACGGAUCUGACAGGGGAUGGACUGCCGGACCUGACUGUGGGCAGAGAAGGGCAGGUUUUGUUGCUGAGGUCCCGUCCUGUUCUGCAAGUGGGAGUCUCCUUUGAGUUCCAGCCCCCCGUGAUCCCCACUUCAGUCUUCCAGUGCCAGGAGCAGGAACAUCAGCACAAGGUGGCCAGCGUAGUGACAAUAUGCUUUGCGGUGACUAAAGCAACUCGGGAUGCUCUAGUUAACAUCUUCAGCGACCUUCAAUAUGGCCUGGCUCUGGACUCCGAGAGAAGCAAGAUUCGUGCCUCCUUCAGCUCUAAAUCCCCCGUUCUGAACGAGGGCUUUCAGAUUGGCCUUGAAAAUAAAUGCCGGAAUUACCAGAUUGAAUUGCCUAUCUGCAUCGAGGACAGUCUGACCCCAAUCACCGUACGGCUCAAUUACAGCCUCCAGGGGAAGCCCAUUGCUGCAGCCCGGGACCUGCGACCUAUACUCAGGGAAGGAUCCCAGCAAGUCUACAUCGCACAGCUGCCCUUUGAGAAGAACUGUGGCACUGAUGGCAAAUGUGAAGACCGUUUACAAACAUCAUUUAACUUCUCAGGCUUGGACACUCUUGUUGUGGGCCAGUCUCUGGAGCUCAAUGUGACAGCUUCUGUCCAGAACUAUGGGGAGGACUCUUACAGCACCAUUCUGCGCUUCUUCUACCCUGCAGGGGUGUCCUACCGCAAGGUCACAUUGCUGCAGCCCAGCAGGAAGGUCAUGAGUGUGAAGUGCAACUCGGCCCCUGCGUCUGAAGAAGAUGCCGAAAGGAACGCCACCUGCAACAUCAACCACCCGAUUUUCUGGAGUGGGGCAGAGGCCACCUUUGUCGCCACAUUCGCUGUUUCCCCGGAUGCUGAUCUGGGGGACACUCUGCGGAUCAUGGCCAGAGCCAACAGUGAAAACAGCGACAGCGUCACUGCAGACAUGGUUCAUCAGGCAGAGCUGCCCAUCAGAUAUGCUGUAUACAUCAUUAUCACUGCCAAUGAAGAGUCAACCAAGUAUGUCAAUUUUACAGCUGACCAGAGAGAAGCCAGCAGGACUGUGGAGCAUCGAUAUGAGGUGAAGAACCUCCGUGUGCGAAGCAUCCCUGUCUCGGUAACGUUUCGGAUCCCUGUAGAACUGAAUGGGAUCCAGAUCUGGAAUGUGUCUCAGGUCAUCCCCUCUAAGCCUCAACUUGCUACAUGUGUUUUGGAAAGAGAAACUUCGGGUGACAAGGAUGUCCAAGAGAAAUUUAAAAAGCGCCCCCUUCUGGACUGCUCAGUGGCUUCCUGUAAGACAAUCCGGUGUGACAUUUUGUCUCUGAAGAUGUGGCAUCCGGUGGAGUUCACGAUCAAGGGCAACAUCAGUUUCCAGUGGGCAUCUCAGACCCAAGAGAAGAAAGUGAUCCUGGUGAGCUCUGCACAGAUUUCUUAUGAUGAUCAAAAAUACACCCAGCAGGAGGGCUUUGUUAGCCAACAGGUACAGACAGUGGUAGAACACAUCGAGGUCUACAACUACUUGCCUGCAAUCAUUGCGGGGACUUUUGUGGGCCUCAUCCUUCUGGCUGUCAUUGCUGCUGUCCUCUAUAAGGUUGGGUUCUUCAAGCGUCAGUAUAAACAGAUGUUGAGUGAUGCUGGAGAUGGCGAUGGAGUUUCAUCCCCCGGCCCCAGCAAGCAAGGCACUGACUCCACUCCCCCCAGCAAAGACAAUGUCUACUAACACCCCCCCCCCCGAGUCCUAUGAGACUUUUGGGGUGCUGGUGAAAAAGGAUGAGGAGGAUCCCAUUUGCCUACCCAAAAAGUCUGUGUUGGGGUUUGAGGGAGUUGCAUCGAUAAAAGCCAAGUGGGACAAGGGCUGCAGGAAACAGGCAAGACUGAAUGAAAAACCGGACAAGAUGGAAUGGAAAAGCUGGCUGGAUCCAGCCCCAGGACUCCACUGUGGCAGAGAUGUGGCAAACUUGUUUUGGCUCUUUUAAACUCAGGUCUUCUCAUACGGAAACCAUUGUGAGAUUUUUUUUUUAACGUUUGCACAAAUGAGCUGCAAGUGCUUCCUUUUCUAAGAAGUGGGACACAAAUGGUCCAGUCUUAUUAUCCACUUAUUCGUGGGGUGGAAGGGGAAGUUGCGACUGAGGCAGAGUGUUGUAUCGACAACCUAGUAAUGAGCUCCAGAGAUGUCAUUAUUUCCUUAUUGUGUGGUAGGCACUGAGGCUGAGAGAGGGUGGUUUACAACACCCCUCCAAUGUAGACCAGAGUGAUUAACCCAUAUUGGAGUAUGUGCAGAAGGUGAGUGGUUAACAACCACCCUGUAGUGUGAUUCCUUGAAUUCAGACAGGUUGGUUGCAACCCCAAGAACACCUUCCAGAUAGGAGACCUAGUGAGAGACCUCCUUACCGUUCUAAUAGAUCAACGGAGAGUCUAAAUAAAACUAAAGAGGGAGCCUUUGUUCUCCCUGGCAGCUAAUAAGUUAUGUCAAAAUAAGCAACAGUGUAUUAUUAUUACCCGGGAUUUUUUUCUGGGAAAAGAGGUGGUGGAACUCAGUGGGUUGCCAGCACAGGGGGCAAUUCCUGGCGGGAGGUGAUGCCCCUGGUACCACAUGCACAUGUGCAAAGUGCGCGCACAUUCCUGGGACCGCACAAUGACAUCACUUUGGGUCAGCUGGAACAAGGGGGGCGUUUUUUAAAGUUUAAAUAACCCUUGGCGAAAAGGGUCACAUGGCCACUGCCCCCGCCCCCUGAUCUCCAGACAGAGGGGAGUUUAGAUCGCCCUCCGCGACUCCCCUCUGUCUGGAGAUGAGGGGGCGGGGCCACCAGCCAUGUGACCAUUUUCUCUGAGGGAAACCCACUGAGCUCCACCACCUCUUUUCCCAGAAAAAAAAGCCCUGACCCUCAAGCUUUGUGCUGCUUCCUGCCUUUUCCCUUCUCUUUAUCCUCUUUGAAAAUGAGUAACGAAAGCAGCACAGAAGGGGUUAGGAAGUAAGGUGUAGACUUGAACCUGCUCCUCUUUCCUCAUCUCUUCCACCUUUUCUCCCAGUGAGUCUCCCUCUGCUUCCUUUUUUGCUGCUGGUGUGUUAGAGGGGGGGGACUGUUUGUUGUUGGUGGGAAUGCCAACAGGUCAUUAAUUUUUGGAAGAAUAUCCUCACUUCGAUUAAAGACAUCACUAACUACACAAUCCCUCUAAAACCUGAAUUCAUCUUUUUGGAUCAAUGGGACGCCCUACUCAUUCCCAAAAUAAGAAAGGACCUUAUAACAAGCCUGCUAACAGCUGCAAAGAGCGUUACUGCAACUUAUUGGAAAAGUAAUAGUGUUCCAACAUUAUCUGUCUGGCAUAACAAGAUCUGGGAUCAUUUCAUUACAGAAAAAUUGAGUGACAAAAUUUAUCAAGCCGAGCACUUUUGCAAAAGCACUAAUUUUCAGGAGAAAUGGUCUCCAUUCUAUGAAUAUCUGGAAAACAAUAAUAUCUGGGCGGUAUCAAAGUUUCACAAAUCUGUUUUUGAAUUGCUAUAAUGUAGUUCUUAGAAUUUAAGCCUUAUCACUGUUACUUUACAUUGUAUAUAGUAUUGUUAUUUGGUUAUUGGUUGUCUUUUAGUUACCAAUUGUUACUUGUUAAUCUGAGUGAUCUUGUAAAAAAAAAAAAAAGAGGUGCCGGAACUCCGUUCCACCAGAAAAAAAGGCCUGAUUAUUACAAUGUACAUGGGAAGUGGACAUGUUCCUGUUUGGUAUGUUUCCCCUCACUUUAGCCAAGCUGGAACUUGGAACCUAGUAAGAGGUCAUAAAUGUAAGGAGGUUUGUCCAGCAGGGGGCAGCAGUUGGUUUCCAAAUUUAGGGUAGAGAGGAUUCUGAUCACUUUAGUGCCUGACUUUAUUUAAUAGAAAGAAAGAAUAGGAACGUGUGCUUCAUGCAAAGCAAAUUUGAAAACAAUUGCACAUUCAUUUAGUUAAUAUGUCCAAAACAGUGUUCUUACCGAGCAGAGAUGAGGAGACCCAAUCUUUGUCUCCCUAGAACCAUGAACAGAAUUGUGUUCAAGACUGAGCCUGGCAUCAGAAUUUGGACAGGGUGGGGUGUGAGCUGUGAGCUUGGGCACUGAGAAAGCAUUCUCUGGGACUGAGCAGGCUGUAAGAGUUGCUAUUCAUGCACCAGCAUUCCCAUGUCGUACCGUCGUACGUCAUGAUGUCACAGUACUAUGUAAUGUGCCCUAGAUGCGAUUGGCCAAUUCAGUACAUCUUUUACGUAUCUAGAUGCCACAGAGCUGGCAGCAUUGGGACAGAUGGAACAGUGAGGAGGGGAAGAGGGAAUGGAAAGACUGGCAAUUAAGUGGGGAAAAGGUGGGAGGGCAAGGAAUUGGGGGACCGAAGCGUAAUGGGGAAAUACAUAUUUCAUGAGAGGAGCGCACAGGAAUAAGUUUUGGGAAGUGUAUAAAGUGUAUAAAGAUUCUGCCAAAAAUGUGUAUCUUUCCCAAACACCAAAUUUCAGUGUGUAAUGCAACCACAAUGAAGUGACAGCCCAAGAGGCCUCACCCACCAACCCAGCUAGAGUAUCCCCUGAAGAAUUCUAGUAGCCGUCUAUUGUUAGAGGCACUUGGCUUUGGUCUGUUAAAUUAGUUCUAUAUUUUUUUAAUGAUGUUUUAAUAUAUAUUUUAUGUUGUAAGCCACCCUGAGCCCAUUCGCAGGAAGGGAGGGAUGUAAAUCUAAAUAAAUAAAUAAAUAAAUAAAUAAGAUGCUCUCCAGAGAUGGGACUCUUUGUGUGUGUUGAGUCUCUCUAUAAAUAGAUGCCAGGAAUCCAAGGGGAGGGGUGGA